AUUUAAUAACUUUUAAUAAAUUUAAUAACUGGAAAGGCCAUGAGAGCCCAAGCCUAAACUAGAACCAGGAUGUCCAGCUUCUAACUCCCUUAGUGCUUUUGUACGAGACCUGUUUUUUCUUCAGAGGGUAGAAUAAAGAACAAAUUUAACUACAGUUUUAACUUAUUGCUAUCAUUCACUGGCUACGCCUACAAUCAAAACCAAAACGCUUCUACAGACCCAGCUUCAGAUGAUACAGGCAAUUUCAAAUCCUGUCCAGGAAAUUUCCAAACGUUCUAAAUAUGUUCUAUAAGCGGUUUUAAAGACUUAUCAAUAAAGUGAUCUGAGUAACAAAACAUGGACUGAAAGAUCGAAUUUUGUAUUUUCAAAAAUAUUUUGGAAUUCCUUUGAUAUGGAAAUCAUAUAUAACAGCGGCGAUUUUUUUUUAAGUCUUGCAAGCACAGAGAGCAUGAUAUUAUUCAAAACUGCUCAAGAGCAGCAAUGAUUAUUUUAAGCUUAUGAUUCAACGGGUACAUUAAUUAAAGACACCACCAACCCAAAUUGACAGAUCUUGAUAUCAAUGAGUCCAGAAGAAUUAAAAUAAUAGUCAUAUAAAAAUAGAUUAAAGAGGUGAACAACAGCAUAUGUCAGAAGGACAAAUGACAAGCAAGCAGGUGUCGUGGGAAAGGAAUGCAUCUAAGGAGCAGCUUUUGUGGAUUUUUAAUAAAACGACGAUGCUGGAAAUACGGGUAUACGGGUAGUGUCAAGAAAAGCUUGUUCACAAAUACGGAAUCUGAUUUUUGGAAGCUGGGUGAGAAAACUUGGCUAAUAAUUUCUUACUGAAGAGUAGCGGUGGAAGAAGGGAGAAGAGACCGCAAGCGCCAAAGCGCCAAAACAACGCUAGGUGACCGGGAAGGGGCCGAGGCGGAGAGGGGAGAGGGGUCAGGAGGUGCGGGGUGCGCGGCGGCAGCGGCUCUCUCACCGGCCGGCGAGAACUUGACAGCAGGCGCCGGUGUCCAGCACACCCCUUCCCUCCCCAGCUCCUGCCGGGCGGCACCUGCGCUCACCCCGCAGCCGGCUCUCGCGACCCCUCGGGGUGGCUGACAUACACCCCACAAGGUCGACGUUCACCUCUACCUUCCUCGUCUUCUUCCAAGCAAACGGGGACCUCUCUGGGACGUCAACGCCCGGCAAUAGCCAAGCGGGAACCUUUUCUUCCCUGACAUCUGUCAAACUCGGAGCUGGAGCCAGGCUCGCUGCGCCCUCCACGGAGCUCUGGGGCUCCAAGGCCGGCCCGCACCCGGGCUCCGGGCGACAUCCCCACGCCGAAGCGCACCUGCCAGCAGACCCACGGGGCAUCCUUGCGGGCCGCCCAGUACCUGGACCGCACAGGCCCCACGAAAGUUCGCAGGCUGGGGUCGGCCCCGUGCCGGCCGGGGAUUCCCGGGUGCAGCGCCAGCCCUGGCUACAGGGCCGAAGGGGCGGGCGGACUUGGACUCCCCAAGCCCGACGGAGACGCCCUCUCCGCCCCCACCCAGCCUCGCGGGCUCCCGAAAGGGAAGUGAAGCGGAGAGGAAGGGCAGACGCGGCACGGUUCGCCCAACGCCCUUGGGGGGCAGCCGCCAAGGAUGGUCCCCUCGGGGAUCCCCGAAGCUCCCGGGGAUACAUCUACGAGUCCUCCUCAGCCGAUUCACUGCCCCCAAGUGCAGAGCUGUCCCUUUAAGAGGCAGCUAGCUGCCCCCUCCCCCCGCCAGGUAGCGAUGCCCGCGGAAGGGCGGUGGGUACUCCAGCGGACACUUUCUCGGCCCCUUCAAGGGCUCCUGCGGCACCUCUGCCUGCCCUAGCCCGCAACGGCAGCCCAGGCGAGGAGGAUGGGGGCGGACGGGCGCGGCGCCUUUAAGGGGCGCAGCCUCCCCGCGGCCCGGGUGGGGGCAGGGAGCGGUCACGGGCCCUUUAAGGCCGGCAGCGGGCACGUCGGGCAGGGUUCUUCGGCGGCCGGGUUGCCCCCGGGGCGGCGGCAGGGGCGCAGCGCCCGCGAGGGCUCUAACGGCCCCCGACGGGGUGCGCGGGAUCGCGCCGCUGGCCGCCGCCGGCCUGACACUCACCGUGGCUCGCCGGGAGCGCCCGCGCCCGCGCCCGCACUCGGAUCCCGCGGCGGCGGCGGCGGUGAGUCCGGCGCGGGUAAACAGGCACCUCCGUCCCUGACCUACUUUCUGCCUUCCCUAAAUGUCGCACCACUAACCUACUUUCCGACCAAUCCGCUCCCCGCCGGCCCAGGCCCGGCCCCCCGCCCACCAAUCGCUGUGCCCAACCCCCCUUCCCCGCCCACCAAUGGAGGAGCCGCGGAGCCCGGAUACCUGCCUCUUCCCGCCAGCCAAUCCGAGCGCCCGAAGGGAGCCGGUCCCGGCGGCCGCCACCAGCCAAUCCGCGCGCGGCUCGGCAGCCCGCUGGCCAGUUGUGUGGCGGCUAGAGAGGCCGCGGACCAAUGGCGAGGCGGCAGGGGCCGGUUUACCUGCUACUUUCCUGCCACCAAUCAUUUGGCGCACAGGAGCGCACGCCCCGAGGAGAAGACCAAUCUGCGCGCGCUCCCUGGGUUUCCUCGCCCCUGCCCUCUCCCUUUCCCCUCAGGUCUCCCACUAACCGCGGCCACUGCGGUGCCCACGCCGCGCUCCUCGGGGUCGCCGGGGAUGUCCCUCUUCUCUGGGUCCCCUGCCGGCUGGCGUCUGGCCGUCUGCCCUCACCCCUCCUCCUUCUCCUCCACUCGGGGCAUUGCGACGAAAAGCAGCAGUUCCUGACUCCCCUCCCUCCAGCUCCAUCUAGGAAACCAAUUUUAGGAACAUUGAGUGCCAGACCCUUCCUAAAACCCCUGGUGUGCCCAAGUCUAAACUAGAGAACGAAUACUCAGUAUUUCUAGAAGGUGUUUCCACCCCGAGGACUGCAAGUGUUCUCACGUUCUUUGCGUUCGUCAUGACCUCCAAGUGUCCCACUGGAGCUGUCAUUCCCGUAGUUCCAAAGAGAAUACUCGAGCGCGGAGCGAUUCCAUUGCCAUUUCCUUCCAGUAGCCAGGUUUUGACCACUUGCUGAGGGGUAGACACCAGCCCCGCGGCAGCGCUCUCUGCUGCGAAAAGCUGUCUACGGAGCGAGACGGAAGGAAACAGUUAGAGAAAAUAAAAAUUUGAUAACGACAUGCAACUCGGUUCCUGAGAGGACAGAGACACUGACUUAUUUUUGCAUCCCAGGCACUUUGUAGAGGGCCUUUAGCACAAAGAAAUCCCGGCUCUUCCAGAUGUUAAACUCCCUGAAUAGAAGGACAGCGUCUUCUUUUUCGUUAUCCAUCGUGCCAGCUCUCCUUUAGCGCCUGCUGGGGUAGGGUGGAGUGGUGGGGGCGGGACCGGCACCCAGCAAGUGCACCAUAAAUAUCUGUUGGCUGGAUAUAUGAACAAAUGGAAUUAAAUCAAUUGGCCUAAUUCUGUUACCCAGACUGGCCCCCCGUGACUCUAGACUUCUAGGCUGAUAAGUUCUUUGAAUACAGACACUGCAUUUUUUAAUCUUUGUAACAGCAUUGCCCAUCCCCAGCUCAUUGACAGGCACGGAGUGCCCAAUAUGUGCUUGUGGGCUGAAUGCUGGCUGUUUUCUAGGUCAACCACCUCGGUCGGUAGCUUGCUAUUUUUCCUAAGUUUACACGCUGAUGGAAUCUUAUUGCUACUUUGUCUCUGCCCCAAUUUCAUGAGAAGAUCACUCUAGAGACAGAAUCUUGCUAUGCUGCCCAGGCUGGACUUGAACUUCUAGACUCAAGCAAUCCUCAAGCCUCAGCCUCCCAAGUGGCUGAGACUGUAGGCAUGCUACCACACCCAGCUCUUUUGAUCUAAUUUUUAUCAUGUCAAAGUUUUGUCAUCUUGCUUUAAAAAAUUAUCACAAGCAUUCUCUCUUGUUACUGAGCCUCCUUCUACAACAGGCUGUCUAAUGGCUGCAGCGUUUUUAUUGUAUGGAGAAACUAUACCUCAUUAUGCAAAACUCUCUCAUUGAAAAUAUUCACAUAGUUUCUAAUGUUUCUUUAUCAUACGGAUGGCCCUGGACUCACAAUGGUUUGACUUAAAUUUUUCUAGUUUAUGAUUGGUGUAUUGGGAUAUUAAAUGUAUUUUCAACUUUCAAUAUUUUUGACUUUCCAUGGGUCUAUUGGGACAUAACCCCAUCGUAAGUUGAGGUUCAUCUGUAAACAGUUUUGAAAAGAACAUUCUUUGGGAUUUUUAAACCUCAGGGCCCUCUGGAAGCUAUAAGCUUAUGGGACCGGCCCAUAGCUUUCCUACUCUACUUCAUUACCACACUGGGUUUCAAAGAAUCAGCUGGUAUAGACAGGAAAUACAACUUACAUAUUUUUUUCUUAUAAGGUUUCAAUGCUAUCUUCUCCUGCUGCUGCUUCUCUCUCUGCCAUAAAACUUAUUUUAAAGACGUGGAAAAUUAUAUGCACUUGAGUUAAAUACAAAACCACAAGUGAGUAUAACUUGAUAAGUGGUCUUUGAGAAAUUUAUGAGCCAAAAUCUGUGUCAUAAAUUGAUAGCACUCUAGCUAACAAAAUAUGGACAAUAAAACUUACUGUAAAUAAAGCUAUCCAAAUCUUGAGUAUGAAUAAAGUCCAUUUAGUUUGGGUUGUA